AUACUCUUUGACUUUUAUUAGGGCAUGAAUUACCUAGAAGAGCGUCAUCUUGUGCACAGAGACUUGGCUGCUCGUAAUGUGUUGGUAAAGACCCCUCAGCAUGUGAAGAUCACUGAUUUUGGCUUGGCCAAGCUGUUGAAUGCCGAUGAGAAGGAGUAUCACGCAGAUGGUGGAAAGGUGCCAAUAAAAUGGAUGGCACUUGAAUCCAUCCUGCACAGAACAUACACCCACCAGAGUGAUGUCUGGAGUUACGGUGUGACAGUCUGGGAACUGAUGACAUUUGGAACAAAGCCCUAUGAUGGGAUUCCUGCAAGUGAAAUUGCUGAAGUUCUAGAGAAAGGAGAAAGACUUCCACAGCCUCCUAUCUGCACCAUUGAUGUGUACAUGAUAAUGGUCAAAUGUUGGAUGAUCGAUGCAGAGAGCAGACCUCGCUUCAGGGAGCUCAUCUCUUGA